AUGCAUGAUGUUGAGGAAAAACUUAAUCUCCCUCAAAACAGAGGAAGAAGACCCACCUAUCAACUUCAACAUUGGGCUAAUAAGGUUGAAGAAGCAGAUGAGAAGGUAACACAAUUAUUGGAUGAAUAUAGCAAAAGUUGUUGUGUUCUAGGCCCUUGUUGUCUAAAUUGUUUUUCCAGGUAUAGCAUUAGCAGAAGUGCAUUCAAUUUAUUAAAUGAAAUAACUCAGUUGAAAGGAGAACAAUCAGAAGUCUCGUUCAUAGAGCAAUUGCCUCCAAAACCAGUCCCUGAAUCAUAUAAAAUAAUGGGGAAGAAAAUCGUCUCCGACCUUGAUAUUGCUCUCAGUUGGCUGACAGAUGAAACAGUUGGUAUAAUUGGCAUAUGGGGAAUGGGGGGUGUAGGCAAGACCACACUCUUGAAAAGAAUCAACAAGUCAUUGUUAGAUGAUGCAAACAUGGGAUUCAAUCAUGUGCUAUUUAUCAAAGCUUCAAAAGAUAUUCAGCCGGAAGAACUUCGAAAAAUGAUUUCUAAAAGCUUGGAAUUGGAGCCUUCUGCUGGUAAAGAAGACAUCUUCAAUGUGUUAAAAAGUGGCAACUUCGUUUUGCUCUUGGAUAAUAUAUGGGAAGAAGUAGAUCUUAUUAAUCUUGGAAUUCCCCAUCCAUAUAGCGGCGAUAAUUCCACCACCCGAUACAAACAUAAAGUGAUUUUCACUACUCGAUCUGAAGAUGUGUGUGCCAAGAUGAACGCUGGAGAAAAAAUCAUUAAAGUGGAAUGCUUAGAAGAUGAUGAAGCAUGGGAUCUUUUCAAGGACAAUGUUAAUCUAGAUGUUAUUGAGUCAGAUCAAAAGUUUAAAGAAAUAGCAUGGCAGGUGAUGGGAAGGUGUGGUGGUUUGCCACUUGCUCUAAAAGUGGUUGGUAAGGCCAUGUCAAACAAAAAAAUUGUCCAAGAUUGGGAAUUUAUUUUGAACUCCCUAAAGAAAUCAGAUACUGAAGUAGUUCAAGGUGUCCAGGAAUCAUUACUUCCGAUUUUGAGAUUCAGUUAUGAUAAUCUACCUAGAAAUAUGAAUAUCAGGGAGUGUUUCUUGUGUGCUUCCACUUUGCGAGGGUCAUCUAAAGAUGAUCUAAUAGAAUGUUGGAUGGGUUUAGGUCUGAUCACUGAUUUUGUCAAUUUACAACAAGCUUAUCUCCAAGCAAGAUAUAUUGUUAACAUUCUAGAGGAAGCCGGUUUAUUGCAUUCUUCUAAUUAUGGUUACGUACGCUUACAUGAUGUAAUUUAUGAGAUGGCAAUGUGGAUAGCAUCAGACUGUGGGAGGAACAGGAAUAAAUGGAUAGUGAAAAAAUAUGAUGGAUUGGCAGCUGAAAUACCAACACAUGAUGCAGAGAAUUGGGGAUUUGCAAACAGAGUGAUUAUAACUGGCGAGGUGGAGCUUUUGCCAAUUUUGUCUCAUCAGUGUUCUGAUUUGUUGUGUUUAAUGAUACAAGGUAGUCGUUAUUUUAAAAAUAUUCCAGAUGGAUUUUUCCGACAAAUGCCAAAUUUGAAAUAUUUGGAUCUUUCUCGCACUUGUAUGAAAGAGCUUCCAAAGGGCAUCAAAUGUUUGGUUAAUUUAGAAUACCUAAACAUUUCAUCCACGAAUAUCUCAUCACUUCCAAAGGAGUUGGUAUAUUUGAAGAAAUUGAAAUAUCUGAUAUGCCGAUAUUUGGAAGGGUUUGGCAAGGUAGAGGAUGGCCUCAUGUCAAAAUUACAGAAUUUGAAGGUCAUUGACAUAUAUCCUUUUGGGUGGGUGGAACCGGAAGAGUUAAAGCUAUUGAAGAAACUCAUCAAAGCAAUAGGGAUGCGUGUAGUAUCCCAAGAGAUUCUCCAACAACUCUCAAGUUUGCCAACUACUCGGCUUUGUCUAGUAAAUAUGGAUAGCUUGAUCUCUCUUUCAUUUGAUACUUUAAGCUGCAAAGAUCAUGGAUUCUUGCAGAAAUUAGAAAUAACAUCAUGCCCAGACCUUAAGGAUCUUGUGAUGAAUGGAAGUGGGAGUCAUCUCAAUGAGCUCAAAAUCCUUAAUGUCAAAAAACUACAGAACAUUAUGUGGACAGAUCUAACGCCUCCAGAAUUUUUUCAUAUGUUGAAGUGGUUAUUUAUAUCAGGAUGUAAUUUGGAUAAUUUAGCUUGGGUCCUGCAUCUCCCAUGUCUUUUUCGAUUAGAGAUAAGAGAUUGUGCUGAGGCAGAAACAUUAUUUCAUGUCCAGGAGGAGGAGAGAGAAAUCCAACAAGUCUCGAAACACCGGAUGUUCCCUACCCUGCGCCAUUUAUAUUUAAAGAAUCUACCAAAAUUAGUGAGCAUAAGCAAUUUUGCAUUGGAUUUCCCUCUACUUUUAAAACUUGUAGUACAUGAUUGUGCAGAGAUUGAAAUGUUGUUUUCCAUCGAGGAGAGAGAAAUCCGACAACAAGAAGUCUUAGAACGCCUGAUGUUCCCUGCCCUGCGAGAUUUAAGUUUAAGAAAACUACCAAAAUUAGUGAGCAUAAGCAAUAUUGCAUUGGAUUUCCCUCGUUUAUCAGGGCUUACAUUGUAUCAAUGUCAUAAUCUUAAGAAGCUUCCAUUCAAGAGUGGCAUUAACAACAACCAAAGAAUGAUAGACAUUUAUUGUUUUAGAGAAUGUUGGAAACACUUAGAGUGGGAUGAUGGCACCAUCCCAGCUCACCUUAGGCCAUAUUUCUACCCGUCGAUGAUCCAGCCUCGUGCUGUUGACUUCUGUUCUCAGCCAGGGAGAUGUACAUGA